AUGCAAACUUCCAGCUAUGUCUAUUGGGAGAAGCAGGGUGCGGAUAACCUUUGUGCCGUUCACUGUGUGAAUUCACUGCUCCAAGGCCCGUAUUACAAUGGAGCGGAUUUGAACUCCUUUGCUCGAGAGCUCGACAGAGAGGAGGAAGCGCUCCUGGGUACCAAGAUAGCCGAUGGUGAAAGUCAGAACUACGAUGCUUCGGGCAACUACUCUAUUGGAGUUAUCGAGAAGUGUUUGAAAAGAUUCGGCGAGCUUAGGUGUGUGAAUAUCAUGGGGGCGAAGACGAGGAGUGAAGUCUUCUCGGCGCCGCAUUUGGAGAGUGGCUACGUGUGCAAUCAGAGCAACCAUUGGUUCAGCCUCAGGAGGGUCGGCUCUGGGUCUCCGGCCAGCCAGACGUGGUGGAAUUUAGACUCCCUGCGCCUGCAGGCACCCGCGAAGAUAUCGGGCCCUCAGGAGCUCUCUUCUCUCAUACAGUCAGUCGUUGGACAGGGCUACACUGUUUUUGUUGUACGUGGCGAUGCACCCUUACCACAGCCCUCGAAGACUGCGAACUCUAGUGGUAUGAUGACGCUAUCGUCGAACAAUGGUAUGAAGGGAAUGUAUCUCACCGAGAGGGAGGCGGCAGAGCUGGCGGCAAGGGCCAAGACUGCGGGGACCAGCAUUGGAGGGGGCAGCGGUGCGGGGGACAGUAACGGAGGACCAAACGCUUUUACUAUGAUAGCCCCGAGUGGCGUCCGGAACAACGAACAGCCCCAGAAGACUGACUGGAGUGCCCUUGGGUCGGGUCGGUCCCUUGGCACCUCUACGGGAAGUAGUGGACCCUCUCCCCAGCCCAAGAAUGAUGACCCUGAGCUGGCCGCGGCUCUUGCCGCUAGCCUUAAUGACAUCGCCAUCCCAAACCCCGGUGACGAGCCAGCAGCAGGGCCUCGAGUAACGACAGUGCAGGUCCGGCUGCCUAACGGCAAGCGAUGGACCAGACGAUUCAGCUUGGACACAAAUACCCUGGGGGACCUGUUCCUUUGGAUGGAGUGGCAGUCUCUAGAGGAUGGCAAGACCACUACUGCUGCUUCUGGCGGGCAGAUGCCUCUCCUUACCUCGCUUGCUGGGUACGACGUCCUAAAACAAGGAUUCGGCCCCUUCCGGCGUAAAUUUCAUCGGGUUCCGGCUACCCAGAAAGUCACUGUGAGUGGACAGGCCGCCGAAAUGGAGUGCACGCAACUGGGCGACGCCGGUUUCGAGGCUGGGCAGGAAGCAGUCAUUUUACAGUUGUGA